CCCUAAGGCCCUUUCACGACCUCCACAGCUCCACCGUGUCCUUCUUAUCUGUCUUCCGCAGCAUCUCUUUGAUUGGAUUUGUUCAAUCAAACCCACGAAAGAAAUUGAUUUAGCGUUUAUGGGUUGCACAAGUUCUUCAUCUUUUACAUGCUCAUCAUCUUCAUCCCCUGUAUCCGUGAUCGAAUUCCAACCGCUAUUGCUUUCAUCUCAGCCGCCCAAUAAGAUUUUGUUAAUUUCACCGGCUUCAUCGACGCCUUGGAUGAGAGACCUCCGGUUUUGCAUUCCUUAAUAUUCAGUUCAUAAUUUUCUGUUCUCCGGAUUUUAAAGGAAAGAAAUCAAGCAGGCUACAAAAUUUUAUUGCGGUUGUCUAUUAAAGAAAUUUUGGGUGUGAAAGGGGGAGCAUCAGAAGUGGCCACGGGUGCUAUACAAGAAUGAUUUGCACAUCUUCUCUGUGCUCCUGAAGAUGGCUGCUUCUGCUAGUGCAAAAAACCCUAUGCAUAAAAGGAUGCCCUCUUUGAGGGCAAAGACUUCUGGUUGGACUGCAUUUGUCGAAAAGGAAAGACAGAAACAACAAGGGAUUGAGCCCCAGCUUGAAAGUGACCCUUUCCCUCCUAUAUCGCUCUCUAAUACUCUCUCAACCCAGCCCUCCUAUGAGGCAAAGAAUACCUGUACUAUAUUGGACAAACCUUUUUCUUCAGUCAUUUUACCUUCUCCAAGUUUUCCAUCGUUGGAGCAAAAUAUAGGCUCUAAAAAUAAUCAACUAAGUGUUGGACAUUUGAAUUCCAGCCAGCUCAACAUUGCUUCCAAAAAGGGGGACGAUGUUGAUUUGUAUAAAAAAAUAAAGAAGCUUUACUCGUGGGCAGAUGAAGGCCUGAUCAAAGAUGUUAUGGCUGGGGUAAAUUAUGAGUUUGAUCAGGCUGUAAUGUUAUUGGGAGCAAUGGUUUCUCUGGAUCAGACACUUGUGUUGCAUGAGGAUUCAGAAUCUAAGAGACCUGAGACUAGCGAAGAGAAACACAUAAAAAGCGAACACCCCAAUGAUGUUUCAUUAGGAGAGGACAUGAACGUGGAAGAUUUCAACAACGAUAUAAAUAAGCGUGUGAAUGCCAGUAGCACAGAUUUGGUCAAUGCACGCCUUGGUGUUUUUAGAUUUGUACCAAUUGAACCUGAGUUAUGGGAAGAAGAUGAUGUAUACUCAUUACAAAGAAAGGAUGCUCUAAGGAUGAUGAGAUCAGCUGCUCGGCAUUCCAAGUCAGCCAGUGAUGCCUAUUUAAGAGGAGAUCAUUUAACUGCCCAUUAUUUUUCAGCGAAAGCUCAAGAAGAAUGGUUAGCUGCUGGGGAGCUAAACACAAAAGCAGCAAAGGAAAUUUUGAGCAUUAGGAACAGUAAAAACGAUGAGUGGACUCUGGACUUGCAUGGUCUUCAUUCAACAGAAGCAGUUGAAGCCUUGGAAAAACACCUGAAAAGGAUUGAAUGCCGAGUUUCGUUCGAUCACUCCAUAUAUCCAAGAGAAGUAAGAGCAAAACAUGGCUUUGAGUCCACUCUGAAACCUGGGUAUUCUAAUUGUUUGGACAGAGAGACUUCAGCGAAGAGGCAACAACAGCCUUCCAAACAGAGACCCUCUAUCCUUCAGGUCAUUACAGGAAAAGGUAAUCACAGCCGGGGAGAAGCUGCACUUCCUAUAGCCAUCAGAAGCUUUUUAGCUGAAAAUGGGUAAACUUUCAACUGGUUUCAAAUUUUGAUUUGUAUAUGUUUCUUAUUCGUAUAGGAGAUUAUAAUUCUAAUCGCUGAGCAAAAAGUCCCAUAAGAAACUGUAUGUAGGUUAAUGUUUUUGGGCUUGCUAUCCAGGUACCGUUACGAUGAAACGAGGCCUGGGGUGAUUGCAGUACGCCCCAAGUUCAGACCACAGGAUACUAAAAGAGUGAUUAUAAAUUAAACACUACUCCGUACAUAAAAAGUGAAGUUAUAAUGCUAAGUACAACUUUUCAGUUACUGAUUAACUUCAAAAAAAUUAUACAGAAUAUGUUUUAUUUAGUAUCUUUGUUUUACUUGAAACUCUAGUUAAAUGAAGUUUAAUAUUAUUGAAUUUUCA